GCUGCUGAUGUCGUCAUAUCCGCUGCUCGAGUUUCCCCGGGAAGACACUUUGGCGCGGAAUCUGUUGUUUUGGCUCGGCGCUUCUGAAGUCGAUUCAAAUUUUACCUCAUAGCAGGCGCUAAUUUAUAUUAAUGGCUCCUGUCUCAAAUCCUGAUAAAGACAUGGACGGUGGAGAUUGUGACACAUCCGACACAUGUGGCAUUGCCACUUCACGUUCCAGGCGGGAGAAAAAAGAGAAAGUGGGGCGCAAGUCGGCUUUAGAGCAACUUAAACGAGCCAAGAAGGGAGAGAAGGUUAAAUACGAGGUGGAGGAGUUCACCAGCGUCUAUGAGGAGGUGGAUGAAGAGCAGUACUCGAAAAUGGUGCGGGAGAGACAGGAUGAUGAUUGGAUCAUUGAUGAUGACGGGACAGGGUAUGUGGAGGAUGGAAGAGAAAUCUUUGAUGAAGAUUUGGAUGAUGACGCAUUGGAGAAGAAGGGUUCUAAAAGUAAACAAGGUGGAAAGGGAGGGGAUCUGAAAAAGAAUGUGAAAAAAGUGUCUGUCAGUAAACCAAACAGCAUUAAAAGCAUGUUCAUGAACAGCAAUGUGAAGAAACCUUCUGAGAAACAUGUGGAUUUGUCUCAAGAUGAUCUGCUGGGAGAUAUUCUGCAGGACCUGCACUCUAAGAAACCAGUUUUGCUCACUCCACCACCAGUCAUUACUUUGAAGAAGAAGAAAACACUGGGAUCGCCUAUGAAUCCAUUUUCAGUCAAACCACAGGUGCCAAAGGAGUCACCUGGAGUCCAAAUGUCGAAGCCCAGACCUGUGCUGUCGCGGGUUCCGCCAGCUGACCCUUCACCCAGGUCUUCUGCUAACAUUCAACCUAGUAAACCAGCUGCUACACAGAUAAAGAAGCCCCAGGCAGAGGAGCCUGAAGAAGAGGCGAUUGAGUUUGAUGAGAUGGAUUUUGAUGAGCCCAUGGAGACAGAGAACAUUGAGGAGGAGCCAGUGAAAGUGAAGGCGGAGCUUGAGACCACAUCCACUGUUAAAGUGGAGCCCAAGACUGAGCCACAGGAUGAAAUGUUAAUAUCCGGACUGGGUGGUGGCAUGUGCUGGGAGAAGAAUGAGGAGGGGGAAUCCUUCGAGGCUCCUGUGGAAGUGCAGGUGGACUCCAGCCAACUCCCGCUGGUGGAGGGACCUGACGGAGAUAUGGUCUUCCGCUUCUACUGGUUGGAUGCUUUCGAAGACCAGUACAACCAACCUGGUGUGGUGUACCUGUUUGGAAAAGUCUGGAUUGAGUCAGCUAAAGCACAUGUCAGCUGUUGUGUUGCUGUAAAAAACAUUGAGAGGACGAUGUAUCUCCUUCCCAGAGAACAUAAAGUGAAUCUGGCAACUGGCAAGCAGACAGACAGUCCAGUAGGAAUGAUGGAUGUGUAUCAGGAGUUCAACAGUCUGUCUGAGAAGUUCAAAAUCAUGAAGUUUAAAUCCAAACCAGUGACAAAGAACUACGCCUUUGAAAUCCCAGAUAUACCCUCGCAGUGCGAUUAUCUUGAAGUCAAAUACUCUGCUGAACUUCCUCCUUUGCCAUCUGAGCUGAAGGGCUCUACAUUUUCCCAUGUGUUUGGAACCAACAUAUCUAGUUUAGAACAUUUCCUCCUUAACAGGAAGAUGCGGGGGCCUUGCUGGCUUGAUGUGAAGACCCCUCAGUUGAGCAGUCAGCCUAUUAGCUGGUCUAAGGUGGAGGCUGUUGCUCAGAAGAUUGACCUGAUCUCAGUUGUUAAAGACCUGCCGCCUCCUCCUCUGGUUGUCAUGUCUAUAAGCCUCAAGACUGUGCAGAACCCAAAGACCCACCAGAAUGAGAUUGUUUCCCUCGCUGCCCUCAUGCAUCAUAAAUUUCCUCUGGACAAAGCUCCACCGCGGCCCCCUUUCCAGACCCAUUUCUGUGUGGUGAGCAAGCCCAACGACUGUAUCUUUCCAUAUGACUUCAAAGAUGCGGUUAGAAAAAAGAAUGGUAUAGUGGAGAUUGCUGGUACAGAGCGUGCACUUCUGGGCUUUUUCUUGGCCAAGAUGCACAAGAUCGAUCCAGAUGUCUUAGUGGGCCAUGACAUCUUUGGAUUUGACCUUGAAGUGCUGCUGCAGAGAAUCAGUGUGUGCAAAGUGCCUCACUGGUCAAAGAUUGGCCGUCUAAGAAGAGCCAACAUGCCCAAACUGGGGGGUCGCAGUGGCUUUGCUGAGAAGAGUGCCACUUGUGGACGCCUGGUUUGUGAUGUUGAGAUCUCUGCCAAAGAACUGAUCCGCUGUAAGAGUUAUCACCUGACUGAGCUGGCUGCCCAGAUCCUAAAGACAGAGAGGGUGGUGGUGCCACCAGAGAACAUCAGGAACUUCUACAGUAGUGAUUCCCCGCACUUACUCUACCUUUUGGAGCUUACCUGGAUGGAUGCCAAGCUAAUUCUGCAAAUCAUGUGUGAGCUGAAUGUGUUGCCGCUAGCAUUGCAGAUCACUAACAUUGCUGGUAACGUCAUGUCUCGUACUCUGAUGGGAGGGCGCUCUGAGAGGAAUGAGUACCUACUGCUCCAUGCUUUCCAUGAGAAGAACUUCAUUGUUCCAGACAAACAAUUCUUCAAGAAGCCACAGCAAGAUCUGGGUGAGGAUGAGGAUAUUGACUCGGGGAAGGGCAAGUCCAACAAAACAAGGAAGAAGGCAGCAUAUGCUGGAGGUCUGGUGCUAGACCCAAAAGUUGGUUUCUAUGAUAAGUUCAUUCUCCUGUUGGACUUCAACAGUUUGUACCCCUCCAUCAUCCAGGAGUUCAACAUCUGCUUUACUACUGUUGAGAGAGGAGCAACCAAUGCACGCAAGAAAAAUGAGGAGGUUGACGAUGAGAUUCCCGAGUUGCCAGAUCAGAGUCUGGAGAUGGGCAUUCUUCCCAAAGAAAUUCGAAAACUGGUGGAGCGUCGACGACAGGUCAAACAGCUAAUGAAACAAGCGGACCUCAACCCCGAUGUGUACUUGCAAUAUGAUAUCAGGCAGAAGGCCCUGAAGCUGACAGCUAACAGCAUGUACGGAUGCCUUGGCUUUUCCUUCAGUCGCUUCUACGCCAAGCCUUUGGCUGCAUUGGUCACUCAUAAAGGAAGAGAGAUUUUGAUGCACACCAAAGAAAUGGUGCAGAGGAUGAAUCUGGAGGUCAUAUACGGGGAUACCGACUCCAUCAUGAUCAACACCAACAGUACCAAUCUGGAGGAGGUCUUCAAACUGGGAAACAAGGUGAAAAGCGAGGUGAAUAAACUCUAUAAGCUUCUGGAGAUUGACAUUGACGGUGUGUUUAAGUCCCUUCUGCUGCUGAAGAAGAAGAAAUACGCAGCACUGAUGGUUGAGCCUCAGGGAGAUGGCAAAUACACCACAAAACAAGAGCUCAAAGGCCUGGACAUUGUGCGCAGAGACUGGUGUGACCUGGCCAAAGAGUGUGGCAAUUAUGUGAUUGGUCAGAUUCUGUCAGACCAGAACCGUGACACCAUCGUAGAGAACAUUCAGAAACAUCUGAUUGAGGUUGGAGAGAAGGUGGCCAAUGGCAGUAUUCCACUCAAUAUGUUUGAGAUACACAAGUCCCUGACAAAGGAUCCUCAGGACUACCCUGACAAGAAGAGUCUCCCCCAUGUCCAUGUUGCCCUCUGGAUCAACUCCCAGGGUGGGAAGAAGGUUAAAGCGGGUGACACUGUUUCUUAUGUCAUCUGUCAGGACGGUUCAAACUUGGCAGCCAGUCAGAGGGCGUAUGCCCUGGAACAGCUACAGAAACAGCCGGGACUCAGCCUGGACACACAGUACUACCUGUCCCAGCAGGUGCACCCUGUGGUGGGCCGAAUCUGUGAGCCUAUCGAAGGCAUUGAUGCAGUGCUUAUUGCUACAUGGCUUGGGCUCGACCCAAGUCACUUCCGAGCUCAACAACAGCAGCAACGUGAGGACGAAGUGGACAAUUUUCUGGGUGCUCCGGCCCAGCUUACUGACGAAGAGCGCUACCGUGAUUGCGAGAGGUUUACUUUCACUUGCCCUGACUGUGGUACCGAAAACAUCUACGACAACGUGUUUGAAGGGGCGGGGAGCACCUUACAGCCCAGCCUGAAGAAUUGCUGCCAUAUCCCUUGUCGGGGCAGCCCAAUUGAGCAUCCUAUUCAAAUUAGCAACAAACUGCAACUGGACAUUCGCCGCCACAUCAGGAGGUACUACAGUGGUUGGCUGCUGUGUGAGGAUCAGGCCUGUCAGAACCGAACCCGCCGGCUACCCAUCGCGUUCUCGAGGUCCGGACCCAUCUGUCCAGCCUGUCUCAGAUCCACGCUGAGGCCUGAGUAUUCAGAGAAAGCCCUCUACAACCAACUGUGCUUCUACAGAUUCAUCUUUGACUGGGAAUACGCCUUCAAAAAGGUCCUGUCGACAGAGGAUAGACAUACAUUAAACCGAGAACACUGGAAUAUAGUCAAGGAUGUGUACAAAAUGCUGAAGGAUGUAACAGACAAGGUCCUCUCCACAAGUGGAUACUCUGAGGUCAACCUCGCCAAACUUUUCCAGGCCUUUACAGCUCUCAAGUAUUGACCAACUGUCCUGAAGCGAACCUGGGUAAUCAGAUAUGGUAUAAUAUUUAUGCCUUAUCCUCCCACCAAGAGAAACCGUACAAUGUUAUGUUUUUAUCUUUUAAUUCCUGUCUGCUGUAAAUACACCUUGUGAUUCUGUAAUCUAUGCUAUUUUCUAGCUCACUCGCUUUGCAUUUGUAAUCCCUGACAGCGUAUUUGUGCCUGACGGCUUGGACGUGAAUUAAGGUCAAAGGUGACGAGCUCACAGUCAAUCUGCAUGUAAUCACCAAACCUUUCCAUGUUUGAGCACCUGUCUCUCGCUCUAAUCUGUGUUCUUGUGUCCCAUCCCAUUUAGCCUUUGUCCAGGUCUAAUCGAUGAUGAAUCUGUGGUAAAAUGGCCAUGAUAAGGGGCUAAAGAUGCUCUCAACACAAACCCAGCCCCCCACUCCCCCUGUUAGCACCACACACACUGGGUUUUUAGAGAUAACAAUCAGGGGUAAUGACAGGCAAGUUCAUGGGGGGCUUGUAGCGGUUUGAAGGGGUCUUAGUUCAGUAAUGACUUCUCUACUACCCCCUUCAUCUUUAACAGCACAGCAAUUAGCCAAUGAUACAGAGGUAGCCAGUGAUUUGUGGAGUUUCAAACGAUUGAACUCGUGUUUGAAAUGCUCUCAGCUGGUAUGUUGCAAAUUUAUGAGAUGGAUUGCAUCGUUGCGGCAGCUUGUGUUGCAUGUUUUGAAUGUUUAUUGCUUAUAAAAGUGUCUCAAGAUUCUUAAUUGUUUUUGAUACCGAAACAUCAAUAAAAGUAUUUCAUAAAAUGUU